GAAGGCGACAAGCAUACGCCGGGGUUCGUAAAAGAUAAUAAAGAAGCAGGCCUGAUUCGCCUUUUAUCUGCCUCCGCAGGUUCGAAUUGCACGCAACCGGCGAUAGAGGACUUCCCGCACGACCUCUUCAACGAGAAGCAGCGGCAAGCCGGCGCCGUAGUUGUCCACGUCCUCGUCUCACUUUACCUCUUCAUCGCCUUAGCAGUAGUAUGCGACAAAUUCUUCGUACCUGCGGUAGAAAAAAUAUGCCACGCUCUUUCGAUGUCGAAAGAUGUGGCAGGCGCGACCUUCAUGGCCGCGGCGACAUCGGCGCCGGAACUCUUCGUUAACGCAAUAGGCACCUUCAUCACGGAGGGUGACAUCGGCGUCGGGACGAUCGUCGGCUCGGCGGUCUUCAACAUCCUCGCUGUCCCGGCUUGUUGUGGUAUCGGCGCCGGAAUGGUAAUGCCGCUCGACUGGUGGCCGGUUAGCAGGGACUGCUUGGCCUACGGGGUGACCGUGGCAAUUUUAAUCUGCAUUAUUCACGACGAGAGGGUCGAGUGGUACGAAGCCCUCACGCUGGUCCUUCUUUAUAUAGUGUACAUCGCCGUCAUGUACUACGACAAGUCCUUCCAGCGGUGCGCGAGAUUUCGCAGGAAGAGCUCGACGAGGACGGAUGACCUGAGCGCGAGGCCUGGUGACGCCGGGGAAAUUCACUUAUCAAGAUCCGAUAAAUUGCGAUCGCCCGCCGAUCGUGUGGAACAAAUUGCGACUAUCGACGUACCUCUGCAGAACGGCGGCACGAAGACGCAGGAUAAUCACGAGCCUGAGUACGAGUAUCAACUGCUGAUUUGGCCAUCUAAUGCUGGCUGGAUAAGGAAAACCGCAUGGAUCCUUACCUGGCCAAUUCAUUUAAUUUUCAUGUGCACAAUACCGGAUUGUGACAAGCCAAAAUUCAAAAAAUGGUUCCCCAUUACGUUUCUUAUGUGUAUCAUUUGGAUUGGAUCGUUAAGCUACGUCGUAGCUUGGAUGAUCACAAUAAUUGGUGACACGCUAAAAAUACCAGAUUCAGUUAUGGGAAUCACAUUCCUCGCGGCAGGAACAAGCGUACCAGAAGCUGUUUCUAGUGUAAUCGUUGCCAAACAAGGUCACGGCUCGAUGGGUAUCAGCAACUCUAUCGGCUCAAACACGUUCGACAUCCUUCUAUGCCUAGGCUUGCCCUGGCUCAUUAAGUCCUCGUUUGCCCCGACGCUCAAAGGUCAGCACUACAUUAGCAUCAACUCCGGGGGCUUGGAGUACAGCGCGAUAUCCUUACUUUCCACCUUACUGUUACUUUACAUCGCCUUUGCAACGAAUCGUUUUCAGCUCGAUCGAAAAGUCGGUCGUGCUUGUCUCUGUAUGUACGCUGUCUUCCUCAUACUUGCCACUCUCAUCGAGCUCAACGUCUUCUUCAGGGUGAAUCUGCCGACCUGUCCGCGAUAGGCCGGCCCGAGCGACAUAUAAAUACGGAAAGCCUUAAGCGCUCCUUUUUUACGAGCCAACUCAAUUCACACGUCCUACGUGAAAUGGUUAUCUUUUCCCGAGUGUAUUGUUCAUUUUAUCUCCUUUUAACUCCUCCCCAAAAAUAAACAUCACUCGCCCUAAUAAUCGCUCGCCAUGAUUUUCUUUUUCUCUUAUAGUAAUUGAAGAUACAUUCGAUGCUAGUAAUGAUUUAAUGGUCGAGCUAAUUUUCUUUUAUCGUCAUCGCAACAACUUUAUCUCGACAUUUCCCUUGCGAUGAAAAGGGAAUGCUUUAUCGUAAUCUUGUGCAUACGUAUUAGAUUUUACAAAAUAUCACGCAACGUGUCUGUUGCUGGAUAAUUAAAAUCGUUUUAAAAAGGAGAACCGAACGCUUGACGAACAAUAUAGAUAUAGAUUUUGAAUUU